UUAGCUACUUUAUACUUAUUUAUCUAAAAAAAACUAGUUAGGCUCUGUACAUAUUCUUGAUGACAAAAGUAAAUUAAUUCCAUACAUUUGCAGAAUGGAGCUUCCAGAGGCCUUGGCUUUUCUUGAAAUCGAAACUUUACCAUCUAUACUAUCAAUUUACAAGUUUUUUUUAGGACUUCUAUCCUUAUUUAAUGACAAUUCAAAGUAUUACAAGCCUUCCUUUGAAAUUAAAGAGGGGCAGGUGUUUGACUAUUUAGUUGUCGGAGCGGGUUCGGCCGGCGCGGUAGUUGCUAAUCGGCUCACUGAAAUUGGCAACAUUACUGUACUCUUAAUAGAAGCUGGAGGAAUACCACCAGAGGCUUCAAAUGUUCCAGCUUUAUUUCCACUUAUUGAUAGAAAUAAGUACGACUGGAAUUUUUAUACAACAAAUGACGAAUUCACUAGUCAAGCACAUGCUACUAAAAAUAUACAUGUUGCUCAAGGCAAAAUGCUCGGAGGAUCUAGUAGUUUAAAUUAUAUGUCUUACGUUCGAGGGAGUAAGGAAGAUUAUAAUGGAUGGGCUUCAAUGGGAAAUAAGGGAUGGGAAUGGAAAAACGUCCUCAAAUAUUUCAUGAAAAGCGAACGCUUGGAUGAUGUUGAUAUUAUCACGGGUUCUUCUGGUAAUUUACACUCAACAAAGGGACCGAUCACUGUUACACGUACUAAUUGGGGUCCAAGAACUCAACAUUUAUUUGAAGCAUUCUCAGAAAACUACCCAAUACUUUUAGACGUUAACGGACCUGUACAAGUUGGUUAUUCGAUGGCUCAAUUUGCAACCAAUAACAAUAUCCGCCAGAGUACUGCCGUUUCUUAUCUCAGAGAUCUAAAAUAUCGCAAUAAUUUUUAUUUGCUACUAAACAGUUUAGUUACAAAAAUUUUCUUCAGCAGGAACAAUAGAGCGGUCGCGCUUGAAAUUUUGAUGCAAAAUCAAAGAAAAAUAAAUAUUGGCGUUCGAAAAGAAAUAAUAGUGUGCGCGGGAGCAAUCAACAGCCCGAAGUUGUUACUAUUGUCCGGUAUUGGACCUUAUUACCACCUGCAAAAAUUAAAGAUCAAUGUCGUCGUCAAUUCUCCUAAAGUGGGUCAAAAUUUACAAGAUCACGUUUUAGUUCCGGUACAAAUUAGCGGAAAAGAAGGUUAUUCUUCUAUCAUACAAAACAUAGAUUACAUUACUAACCUGGAUAAGUUUCCUAAUCCAGUACUCACAGGUCGCAUAGCUCUGGAUAAAUCUCAAACUUAUCCCGAUUAUCAGUCUUACGUUCUGCCAUUUCCAAUUGGCUCCCUUAUUUCAGGCUUACUAUGUCAAGUUGGCUUUGAGCUGAAUAAAGAUGUUUGUGCAGAAGCAAUUAAAGCCUGCCUCAGUGGAGAAUCAGUAUUCGCUGUAAUCGCUCUUCUUCAUCCCGAGUCAAGAGGCAGUGUCAAUCUCGUCGAUAACAACCCAACUACACCUCCGUUAAUUCACUCUGGAUAUUAUUCAGACACAAGAGAUUUAGAACGCCAUGCCUUUUAUAUGGAAGAUUAUGUUAGAUUAAUCAAUACGACCUAUUUCAGAAACAUCAAGUCGAAGGUCGUGAACUACAAUCUGAAACAAUGUAAUCAAUUCAAAUUUCUCAGUCAUGAGUAUUGGAAAUGUCAUGUUUUGAAUUUGGGUUCUACAAUGUGGGCUCAUUCGGGGACUUGCGCCAUGGGGCCUAAUGGGGUGGUCGAUGCACGGUUAAGGGUUAGAGGUGUUAAGGGCUUAAGAAUAGUGGAUGCAAGCAUCAUGCCUAAGGUUGUUGGCGCUAAUCUUUAUGCGGCAAUUCUGAUGAUAGCCGAAAAAGCAGCUGAUAUGAUCAAAGAAGACACUUAUAAAUUUUAA